AUUGACGACAAGUCGUUUCAACAUUCAAGAAGUAAUUUAAAAGAAAGGUUGAAGAUUGCGGCCAUUGGCCUCCCAGUCGACAUCUUUUCAAAGAAGCGAAAAAACAGUCGACGGACCUCUUACUGCCACUCGCCCACGCCCACGCCCACGCCCAAGGCGGAGUCUCUUCACUUCGACUAAACAUGGAGACGCCUGAUCCACGAACCUCCUCCACUCCAUACGCCGGAGGAGGACUCGGAGGAAAAGUUAGGAAGCCAACCACAAGAAAGCCGCCGCCAACCCCUUACGCUCGUCCUGUGCAUAACCAAUCCCAGAGGCGCUGGCUUUCGAACCUCGUUGAUCCCGCCUACCGGCUCAUCACCGACGGUGCCACUCGACUGCUUCCCUAUCUGUUCUCGAAACCACUGCCCUCUACCACCCUUCCGUCUCCCGGAGACGUAGAUCGAGAUAAAGUGGAGGCAGAGGUGGAGGAUGACGUCUCUGGAGAAGAACCACCCCCCAAUCAAGGUCAGUCUACCUUAGUUGGAUUACCUGGUCCUAGUGGAGAGGCAAAUAGAUCAGGGAUCAAUUCUGAUUUUAGUGGCUGCCAAAAUGAUGUUUUGGCUGGGAGUAGACAAUUUGAUGUUGAAAAAUGGAUCCAAGAGAAAACAUUUUCAAGGGAGGAAGUUAGCCGUUUAUUAGAGAUACUUCAAUCAAGGGCACUUGAGCCUUCUAAUAAAGUGGAGGGCAAAACAUUUUCACCACAGAGCAUUGAAAAACAAGUUGAACAGCCAUCUGCUGCAAAUAAAGUUCUAAAAAUGCCUCAUGAUGGAAAGCAAGAAGAUUUGGAGAGGGCUACCUGGGGAAACUUAACUCCUCAUCCACAUUCAUCGCAGAAACUAACUAACGUUGGAGCAUCACCUGUGGAUAUUGCAAGAGCAUACAUGAGCAAUCGAAAAUCUGAACCAGGCUUACUUUCUGACAAGAUACCAGAUGAAGGAAGAGCUUUGGUUCAUUGUGAUCAUCAAAUGUCUAAGCCUUUUAUUCCAUCAAUGUCCCCCAGUCCAUCAACUUGUUGGCCUGGUGCCAUGUCAGAAAGUCAGCGUGGUUAUUUAACUCCGAGAAGUCAAAGAGGAGGUAGAUUUGGUCUUCAUAGUUUCCCUCGGACUCCAUAUUCUAGGAGUAUCUUUUCGAAGUCCAAGUCCAAGCUAACUCAGUUGCAAGGAGAUGACCAAAAGUUUGUGACUACACCAACACCUCUCUGGCAGCAGUCACGAACUCCUGCUUAUUCUCAGAAGAUAUCAAGCAACGAUCUAUUAGAUGAGGCAACUGGUUCCUUUGGACCAAUUCGUAGGCUUCGCCACAAGGCUUCUGCAGUUACUAAUUCCAGACGAUCGGGGUACUUAUAUCCAACCCGACAACCAGACACGAAGGUAGCAGAUUCCAAUGCUUCAGAAAGCAUUUUACCUGACAUGAAGAAGAAUCUGGAGCUUGGAGGAACAAGCACCAUUCCUCUAUCACAAUCAGUAGGAAACAACAGCUCUGAGUCAAAUCUUCUGAUUGUCCGUCCACAGUCCAGUCAGGUUGCUAGGACAAUCCUAGAGCAUAUUACUAGAAACUCACCUACUCCUAAAGAAAAGACUGAAGAGUUAAAGAGAGCAAUUGAAUGGAAAAAAACUCCAUCUUCCAAUCUACAAACGGUCAAGCCAAAUGAAGCCAGGAAUUUGGCCGUAGAGUUAGAUUCUCACAAAAAAGAGAAUCAAGUAGAUCAGAUCUCUCCCCCCCAACUGAGCAAUACGGGAAAGACUAUGUCCACGAUUCUUCCAAAGGAGAGUGUUGGCAGAAUUUCUGAUGCUGCAAACCAAUAUCCUUCCAGUCUGAAGUUUAGAUUUAGCAAUGCUGAACCAAAACACCAGGGUGAUGCAGGCUUAAAUAUUGGUGGAUCGUCGCCUAAGGUUGUUCCAAAGACCAUUCCUGUUCCAGCUGUUGGAUCUGAAGUGGGAACUCAAAUUAAGCCUUCCUCAUCUUUUGGUGGUAAACCUGUUUUUCCAUCCAUUACCAUCAACAAGCCUGAGUCAAAAUGGGCAUUCUCCUCUGACAGUGGUUCAGCAUUUACUUUCCCUGUUUCCGGUGCAUCCUCAGGAAUGCUCUCAGAACCACCAACACCGUCCAUCUUUCCAUCAACAACAACCAGCCUUGGGGGAAGUCAGCCUCUAUUACUGAAGCCUGAGACUCCAGUUCCUUCAUACAGCUUUGGCUCAAAGAACAGCCCUGGCCUUGUUUUCGCAUUCCCUUCAACAAACAACGAUACAAUCUGCACUGAAGCAUCAAAUAUAAAGUUCAGCUUUGGAUCCAAUGAUAAUACAAGACUUUCCUUCAGUGUUGGAAAAGAUACAGUUUGUUGCUAACUGAUUAGACUUGUCAAGUACAGUUUUAAGUUGAAUGUAGGGGAAAGAAACUUGUGGCAAGUCCUUAUUUCUGAAAAAAAAAAAAAAAAACAAAUAGGAAAUUGCUAAUUCAAUCAAAAUGAAGAAAACAACUUUUCUAUGCCAGUUGAUGGCUUUCCUUUAUGUAUACUUUCCAUUCCAUUGACAACGAGAUGGUAUGAAAGUAAUGCUGUUAGUUUUAAUGUAACAUUAGUUUAAAUAUUAAUCAAAAGUGUCACAUCAUUAAGUUCAACAA